AUGGACACCGAGGCAAAGAUUAAGCCAUUAGAAGAACUUGAUGUUGUUAGGAAAUUUUCUGAUGUUUUUUCAAAAGAUCUGACCCAGCUACCGCCUGAUCGAGAAACAGAGUUUGCGAUCGAUUUAAUCCCUGGUGCAGCACCUGAAGCUGAUGCAAAAACUAGGUACUUGUUAGCUUUGGACUCCUAUGAAAAGCUUUGGAAGGAAAAAUCCAGAAAUAAAUGGCUUAAAGAAGGUGAUCGAAACUCUAAAUUCUUUCACCUCUCUAUUGUUAUAAGGAGGCCAAAAAAUCAAAUUAGAUGCCUUAAAAAGAGUGAUGCUACUAUUGUUUCUAACCCAGCUAGUGUGCCUGAUUUUGUGAGCAACUGUUUCGAAGACUUUCACAAGUCAAUCCCUUUGGAUGAGCACUUGGAGAUCCUUGAGGUUAUUCCCAAUGUGUUAGGUGUGGAGGAUAGGGCAAUCCUGGACCGUGUUCCGGGCCUUGAUGAAGUGAAGUCGGCGGUGUGGGAUUUUGAUCCUGAUAGUUUGCCUUGUCCUGAUAGCUUUCAUGGUGCUUUCUUUAGACGUUGUUGGGGUGUGGUGGGAAGUGAUGUUGGGAGGGCGGUUGUCAAUUUCUUCAGACAAGGUAUCAUGCUUAAAGGGAUAAACAACUGCUUUAUCUCUCUUAUUCCUAAGAUGGAGAAUGCCAUCUCCCUGGACAGGUUUCGCCCAAUUUGUAUCGGGAACUUCUUCUGCAAGAUUAUUUCAAAAGUUUUGGCAAACAGGUUAGGGGGUUCCUUCCUCGCCUUAUCUCUAAGGAGCAAGGACUAUUGGCUGGGCAGUGAAUCGAUUGUAGAUGCUUCAGGGCUUGGUGCGGAGUUCUUCUUGGAUAAAGCAACGCUGGUCCCAGAUUUCAUUACUGAUGGCUCCUGGUCCCUCCCUCAGGUUCGGUCCUCUUUUCUCUUAAAUGUGGUUAAAGUCAUCAAGGAUAUGGCGCUGUCCUGUAAAGGGAUUCCUCUAGUCUCACAUUAUGAGUUCUGUAAGGCCGAUGUUGAGUCAGAUGCCUACAUCUUCUUGGAGUGUCCGUUUGCUCUGGCAGAGGUUCUUGCUCCUGGUUAA